UCCCACCGCGUUGUUUCUGAAGUUGUAAAGAGUAUCUCACUUAUAUGAAACACAUUUCUAGCCUCAGGCAGUCAUUCAUAAUGUUCACUCGUCUUGUCAUAGGUUCAGCCCUCUUUUCAGGCAGCCUUGCGGUAGGAAUUGCGCCUACGCCCUCGACUUCAGACGCAACUAUCACUCCCGCUCCACACAUUGAACUCCUGAGGAAGCAAAACGAUGCUCGGUAUAUGGGAUGGGUCAUGCAGAAUGGAUUGUGGUCGGCUAGACAAUGCGAGCUCGGUGGAACAUAUUAUCAAAAUGCCGAUUACUGGCGAUGUUGUGCGACCACCCUCAACGGGUGUGCCGCAACUCGUAUACCGAUCGGUUGCAUUUCUGGGGGUUUGAUCUACCCUGCGCCGACCGGAGUGUCUCAGUCUGCAAGUUUGGUGACACGGCCCUGUACCGAGGUCUUCGCCUCAGACAAAUCGUUUUCCAUAUGUAAUACGCUAUUUAUGUAUGAGAACGAGCGUGACUCGGAUCCUCUCACAAACAUCAAUUGCGGAAUCAGUUCGAAAAAUUGGAGUUAUUUUAGAGUGCAGCCUUCGGCCGCUCUUACUUCCUCGACGACACCAAGCUCCAGCCCGCCUUCUACUCCAGCAAGCUCCACCCCUACGCCUACCACUACCCCCAGUCUACCGACUAUACUCCCAGAACCCGAAGAAGAGAAGAAAGAGAGCAAAGCAUGGAUUGCGGGCGCCGUAGUCGGACCUAUCGUCGGUCUUGCCUUGAUCGGCUUCGCAGUCUUCUUCUUCAUGCGUCGUAAGAAGAACAAGCAAGCCCAGCCUUUUGCAGGCGCCGUAGGCCCUGCGCCAGGAACAGAUGGCACAUACCCUCAGCAAACCUACCCACCAGGCCCCAACUCACCUCCCCAAUACUACCAACCACCAAUGCAGCAAAACGCCACAGGAGUUCCGUUCGGCGUCUCCAAGCACGACAGCUGGGCCCCGCAGUCGACCACCCCACAGGGCUCCAUGUCUCCCAACUCACAGGGCCCAUAUGGUGUUUCUCCGCAGCAGGGGUGGCAAGGUCAGAACAACUCGCAGAUUAACCAGGCGCCGCCGAUGGGCGGACAGCCAGUGUAUGGCGCGUCGAGUCCCCCGCCGGGACACGCGCAGCCUACGCAGUAUGGUGGUGGUGGUGACGGGAUGUAUAAGCAUACGGCUGAAACGGUCAGGCCGUUUAGUAGUGAGCUGGAAGGCAGCUAUGCAGGUCAAGGGCAGCCGGAGCAAGUUGGUGUGCCGCCAAAGAACAAGUAGUUGUCCGAGCUGAGGAAGGAGCGAGAUAUCUGUUAGUAGAUGGUUGGAUAUCUUGCGUGGGAAGCCUGGUAUAGGAUUUUCAAGAGCAGUACUGUAUGAGUUAUUACCUGCUCUGAUAUCGCUUGUUCUUUCUACCUUAUAAUAGUAGUUUUUAUACCCUCCAUCGGUAGCUUCCCCUCUAGGGUUGUUGUACGCGGCUGCUACGGAAGUGACUUUGCAACGGGAGAUGAAUGAAGAAUAGGGUUGACUUGUUUUAGUAAUAAUAGGGUAGUCGCGCU